AUGACGAAGCCAUGGACGUACCUCAGCUUGAAAGCUGUCUUUCAAUACAUGGAUGGUAAUAAGCGACUGGAAAUCAAUUCCCAUUGUCCAACGCUUCGAUCAGCUGAAAGCUCAGUGCCGUUGAAUCUGCAAUCUCUGACUCUCAAAAAAAGAAAAAUUGUGGCGAUUGAUGUCUGCUACAAGGUGGAAUCAAAAUCACAAAUGAUCAAAUCAAUUUUGGACGGCAGAAAAGAAGUUCGCGUGGAUAUUUUGAAAAUUCGCAAUUCAGGAGUAAUCCCAGACAGCCUGAAAAUCAGAACGAAGAGGUUGGACUCUGGAAACUUAGACCUCGAAAGGGUGAUUCCUUUUAUCAACAGAGCUAGCUUUCCGUUGAGAGAACUGCGAGUGAAUAUUGCCAAGACUCCAAGUUUCGAAAAGUAUUUGGGAUGCGCUCAGACAUUAAUACUUUUCGUGACUAACCAUGAUCAACAACAGGAAGAUUUGAUUCGAAGCAUUUUGUAUGACCGCAAGAGCCUAAAUAUAGUGCUAGAAAACAUUAGUUUGUCGAGUAAUGAAACGGUUACUCUCAUCCAAAAUUGGAGAAAUAACCAGAAAAAAAUUGGAACUGUCUUGACAAUGGAGAAUAUAUUCCGGAUUGUACCGAUAGUUUUUCCUGGUGUUGACGAAUUUUCUUAUGUUGACGAAAUACUACAAGUUUCAAAUGGAACCCAUGCUAAUUUCAACGAUUCCGUUCUACAAAACAAUAUGGAUCGUCGUUGCAUUUCGUUCCCAUUCAACCAGACGUCCGAGCUGGUUUUGUACAGUGUGAGAGAUGGACCAAUAUGGAAUAGAAGAAUCAAACUUGAAGUGAUGCCAAUCGGAUCUACUGGACCAGAAACCCUUUUUGAUAUUUUCAUAGAUCUACUGGUUCUUUUAAGUUAUAUAUUUUUACUGCUAAUCGCCCUCAUUUUUGUAGCAUUGGCCUCAGCGAAAUUGGACACAAUGCUUGCAGUGCGACGGACCGAUUGA